GAGCUCUAUGAACGAAUCCUAUGGAUGUUCGACUUUCCUUUAUCAUUCUCGAAGCACAACUUGAAUCAAUUAAAAUCACUAAAUAAACACAUCAUCUAACAAAAUUAGUUAAAGAUUCUCUUUACACAUUAAGAAACUGGCCUCCUGGUCAUCAUUAUUUAUUGACGGCACCCAUGGAAUCAGAGAUAUUAGUCCCGUGAAAGAGCUACUUCUUAUGCGGCCAGCCAGAUAGCGGCCAUACAAAAAUGGAUUUCGACCUGGUGUAGUUCUGGAAGCUUCACCCAAGACCUUCGUUAUUUCAUAGAUUUUGAAAUCAAAAUGAGGCCAAUUUUGACUAAUAUAGUUCAAUUUUCUGAGCCAUGCCCAGCAAUAGAGAUGAAAACAGAAAUGGAAAAUUGAGCAGGAACGAUUUGAGCCCUCGGAAGCGACAUCUUAAAAAGAAGAAAGGCACCCGCAGACGGCGAGGUGGAAAGGGCGCCUCUGGAGAAGUCGACAACUCUAAGGGCCCUCUUGUUGAGUACUCGGAUGUUAGUUCACAAGACCUCUCUGGACCUGAGGCCGGCGAAAUCCAAAGUGAAGACUCGUUUAGCCUCAGUGACGGUGAGGUGAACUCGCCACCCCCUGCUGGUGCAGUCACCAGCAAAAAACACUUGGAGCAGCCCGAAGCUUCAGCCCCUCGACACAGAUCGCCGCCCGAAAUGCCCCGACACCGAUCACCCGUUGACUCCCAUCCAAGGAGCUCCCGAUCAUCUCCCUCCAGAUCAAGACACAGAGAAAGGUCUCCGCCCCCUCUGCCCAAACGUCCGCCAUCCCCUGGCAAAUACAGCAAGCAUGGCAGCCCGGCCAGAAGAACACCGCCGACCAGGCCUUCCUCGCCGCCACCGUCGCCGAUGCAGUUGUUAAGGAACGCGUUGAAAAAUCAGCGUAGGAGUUCUUCCCCGGAGUUUCGUAAGUCGAGAGACGAGAGGAGGCGAGAGAAAAAGAGGCACAGGAAGGAGAGGAAAAGGACUCACUCCCGCAGUCCAAGCAGGAAGAAAAGGAAAAAGAAGAAAUUCUCACGAAGUCCAGCAUCUUCCAACUCUCCACCGCCGCGUCACAAAGUCGGAGGAAGUCAAUGGCCUGAUGGUCCCAUGUCGCCUCCAAAUGAUGUUCCUCGAAGUCCUAGUGACAGGCAACCCAAAGCAACGGUUGUCUCUUCUAGUCACUCUGCAUGCCCCACCCGUCCUCCUUCCAAAUCAAAAAAUAUGCCAAAAAGCACAAAUGGGAGGCGGAAAAGCCGGUCCAGGUCUCCCAGACCUCGGCGUCCCCGGAGCCGAUCGCGCAGUCUGAACAGGUGGAGGUCCAGGUCGCCACUGCCCAGAGGCCACAGGACGCCACCAGUUGGCCCCAGGUCUCCCCCUCUGCCGAGAAAAACGCCACCCAGGGGAUAUUCUCCUCCCCGGCGGUCUCCGAGCAGGAGGGGCACGCCCCAGGCCAGGACGCCUCCGCCUCGCUCCCCGCGCAGGUCUCCUCGCAGAAACAGCCUCUCGCCGUUGCGAGGACCUGUUUCCCCGAACGGCCGCAGAAGGUCUCGGUCGCCAAGUUAUGGUCGGUCAAGCGGUCGGAGGUCGCCGCCGCCCCGCUCUAGGAAACGCUCCAAGUCGCCAGUGGCCAAAGCACUUGCGGAUAACGUGUCCAGCACGAGUCUCUUUGCCGAGCUCUUGAAGGACCGCAAGAACCGCGAGAAGGCCAUGAAACUUGCUGUGCUGAAGGACAUCAAGGAGGAAGGAGAAAAGGCGGCAGCAGAGGGAAAGUCAAAUGCUACUGAUGACUUAAUAUGCAUUCCGGUGCCGUCGGACAAUGGACCAUCAGCUCCCCCGGCUGCCCCUCCCCCACUUCCCGAUCAGGUGGAUGCGUCUGCUGCGAAUGCAGCUCCUCCCCGCAAAUUAGUGUCCAUCAAACUGAACACGCCGCGCAACCUCAGUCUAACCAAGCUGCCGAUGCCGCCGGGUAUGAAUCAAAACGACUUUCUGAACAGCGUGUCUCCACCGAGCGGCGGAGACUCGCCGCCGCCUGAGCCCAACACGUCCAAGAAGAUUGGCCAGGUGAGGCGAAGCCUGAAAGACCUGCCCAUGCCCCCUGGGGAGGGUGACGACACGUCGGAAGACAUGUCUUCGCCUGCGAGAAUGGCUCUGAGAGCCAAAAUGAAGCUCAAGCGGCCUAAGAUCCUCAGCAGAGAUAUAUACGAUCUCGGGCCGAUGGCGCCGGGCGGCAAAGACUGGGGUGAAAGGUGUGUGGAUGUGUUCGAGGUGAUCGACCAGAUCGGAGAGGGGACCUACGGCCAGGUGUACAAGGCCAAGGACAACAUUUCCGGUGACAUGGUUGCGCUGAAGAAAGUUAGGUUAGAAAACGAAAAGGAAGGCUUUCCUAUAACCGCAGUAAGAGAGAUAAAAAUCCUACGACAACUGAAUCACCCAAACAUCGUCAAUUUAAAAGAAAUAGUGACUGACAAGCAAGACGCGCUAGACUUUAAAAAGGACAAAGGGUCGUUCUACCUGGUCUUUGAGUACAUGGACCACGACUUGAUGGGCUUGCUCGAGUCCGGCAUGGUCGAUUUCAACGAAAUCCUCAACGCAAGCAUAAUGAAGCAGUUGUUAGACGGUCUAAAUUAUUGCCACAGAAAAAACUUCUUACACAGGGACAUAAAGUGCAGCAACAUUCUAAUGAACAACAAGGGUCAAGUGAAGCUGGCCGACUUUGGAUUGGCUCGCCUAUACAACGCCGAAGACAGCCAGCGUCCCUACACCAACAAAGUGAUAACCUUGUGGUACCGCCCGCCAGAGCUGCUCCUCGGCGAGGAGAGGUACGGACCCGCCAUCGACGUCUGGAGCUGUGGAUGCAUUUUAGGAGAACUCUUUUCAAAGAAACCAUUAUUCCAGGCCAACACUGAAAUAAUGCAGCUGGAGACGAUAUCGCGUCUGUGCGGCACUCCCACGCCCGCAGUGUGGCCCUCGAUUACUAGACUGCCCCAAUUUAACGCGUUUAAGCCCAAGAAACUUUACCGGCGGAGGUUGCGGGAGGAGUUUAUGUUCAUGCCUGCGGGAGCGCUGGAACUGCUGGACAAUAUGCUGUGCCUGGACCCCAACAGGCGCAUCACGGCGGAAAAUGCUCUGAAAUGCAACUGGCUAGUGAAAUACGAACAGCAGCAGUGCAGACUUCCUCCUCCCCAACUGCCAACCUGGCAAGACUGUCACGAGUUGUGGAGCAAGAAACGAAGGCGGCAAAUGCGGGAGCAGGAGGCGCUCGCCAACCUGCCGCCCGGCAAGCCCCGCGACAAGCAAAACGACGACCCUUCCGGGGGCUCAUCGAAAGCUUUGAAGAAAGAAGCCGGGUUCGCCAAUCUAGGAUCUCGGCCAGCAUCCGGCUCCAAUUCCCCGGUCAACCGUGAGAACAACAAAAAACUAGCCCACCUCUCGCACCUGCUGUCCUCCGGCAAACCAGUCACAAUGAGACAACUCCUCAGUAUCAAUAUGGAAGAUAUCGACUCUAACUUCAAGCCGUACCUGGACGCGAUGCACAAGGAGAUUUUAAACGCUGUAUCCGCCUACAACCAACACGUGGAGAACGAUUUUCCCAUUUUCAACGACCCGAAACGGGAAGUAAAAUCGGAAUUGUUCAACGCCCACACAACCUACGCAGGAGACAACGCCUCAGCAGCCAGUAGUCACACGCACUCAGCCCUCGCCACGGAAGGGGUGAAAAGCACCCUGCAUGAACUCCUGCGGCGCCACAUGCUGCCCACGUCUGGUAUAUUUCCCCCGGGUGAUAUGUCUAAUAGUGGCGAAGCGACUAGGAGUCCCCACGUCGCAGCGUCCAGGCAAUUUCACAGAGUUGGAAACCAGGUGCCGGUAGGUUUGCCCGCGCAUUUCCCUUCGUAUCCCUCAAAUGCAGGCCCCUCGUGGCAACCUUCUGCCAGGUGAAUCAAGCGGGUUUCGGUUUCUUCUCUUUAAAACUGCCAACGAUUUGAAUUUGCUGUGGACCUUUUGUUAUCAAUGGUUCUUUUUCUAUUAUUAAUUAAUUUUUUGAUCAUAAAGUGCCUGAAACACCUCAAAAAAUACUACAAAAUUCACUGUACGGCUUUCAAUGUCCUCCAAAAGAAUAUGUUUGUGAAGCGCACUUGUGUGGCUAAGACAUGAUUAGCUUUAAACAAACAUGUCGACCUUUUUUGUGAACAUUAGUGUAACAAUAAAUUACAAUAGGUUAACUAUAUGGUUAAUUUGAAUUUUGAA